AUGGGGAUCUGGGUCUUGUUUUUUAUAAUAUUAUACGCUGUCUCCAGUUCAUUCUCACACACUGUGAAGCUGAGGAAAGUCCCUGGCCCAUGGUUGUAUGCAGCAACAAGAUUCAGACUGGCACUAGAUGCCUGGCGGGCGAAAUCCAUUCAUUCUGUGAACAAGCUCCACAGAAAGUACGGGCCUGCUGUGCGAAUUGGACCAAAUGAGAUCUCAUUCAACAGUCUGUCUGCGCUGCGGACGAUAUAUGGGGCUGGAAGUGGCUUCGAGCGGACUUCUUUCUACCAAAUGUUUGAUGUUUACGGCCGACCAAAUCUUUUUACUUUCGCCUCUGGUAAACUCCAUCGUGAACGAAAGAAACUGAUCAGCCACAUUUAUGCAAAUCAGACCGUGCUCGGAGCCAAUGCCUCGCAGCUGGUCAAGAGAAAAGUGGCAGAGUAUCUGACGCUUCUCGAACGAGAGCCCGCUCUCGGGAGAGAGAUCUUUGCAAGUUUACACUAUUUCUCCUUCGAUGCCAUAUCCGAAUUUGUGUAUGGCCCGGAUCAUGGAGGAACUUCUGCCUUAUCAGGAUCUAAGCAGUCCCGAGAACUGAUCCAAGACAUCCUCAACCCAGCGAGGAGGAGAUUGGCAUGGUUCGCCGUUUACUUUCCUGCUUACACAAAGUGGAUCACGACCCGCACAGGUCUUCUGGAGAGAGUGCUGACCUCUAUGGGGCUGAUGCCCAUGCGCAAGCCUUUCACAUAUUCCGGAAUCCGCCAGCAUGCGCUGAAAGCGUUCUACAGCUUCAGAAACGCACCAGGUGCCGUUCAAGCAAAAUCUGCCGAGAGCACAGUCAUUGGCCGCCUAUUUAAGGUGCGAAAUGAUGCCGAUUUGUCUGACAUGGACAUUGCAUCCGAAUGUGCCGACCAUCUCCUGGCCGGAAUUGAUACGACUUCAGACUCACUCAUGUUCAUGAUCUGGGCACUUUCGCUACCUCACCACGAGAAAUCCCAGGACAAGCUCAGGGAGGAGCUGUCGCACAUCUCCGUUGACAACCAGGGCUCUCCAGAGCCUAAGGACUUGACACAACUUCCCUACCUGAACGCGGUAGUGCGAGAGUCUCUGCGACUGUACGCACCUCUGCCUGCGUUUGAACCGCGGUCUUCCCCAGUCGACACACUAAUUGACGGCUAUGAAAUUCCUGCGGGCACAAUCGUGGGCAUGUCACCGUACUGCCUGCAUAGGGACGAGAGUGUUUAUCCUGACCCGUUGGCCUUCAGGCCGGAAAGGUGGCUCACAGAUUCCGGCACCCUGAUCCCUGAGUCGGAUCUCAGGAAUCGAUAUUUCUGGGCCUUCUCUAGUGGUGCACGGAUGUGUAUCGGAAUGCAUCUAGCCAACGCAGAAAUGCUCACGCUACUGGCUGCCUUGUAUCGGAAGUACAAGACAUCUGCAAAACUUCCCGACACGUCGCCUGGUAUCACCAGCAGGUUUGAAAUUUUCCAUGACGAGACGAUGCCCAAGAUGGUGGAACAUGAGUGUCUGAUUGACUUUGCGGAGCUGGGGGCCAGAUGA